GAAGGGGCCCCAUGGCCGGGCCCGGCGGCGCGGGGGGCCUGUCCGGGGGCCUGUCCGGGGGCCUGUCCGGGGGCGCGCGGCCCAAGGUGGCCCCCAGCGUGGACUUCGACCACAGCUGCUCGGACAGCGUGGAGUACCUCACCCUCAACUUCGGGCCCUUCGAGACGGUGCACCGCUGGCGGAGGCUCCCGCCCUGCGACGAGUUCGUGGGCGCCCGGCGCAGCAAGCACACGGUUGUGGCCUACAAAGAUGCCAUUUACGUGUUUGGAGGCGACAACGGGAAGACCAUGCUGAACGACCUGCUGCGAUUUGACGUGAAAGACUGCUCGUGGUGCAGGGCCUUCACCACGGGGACCCCGCCGGCCCCCCGCUACCACCACUCGGCCGUCGUGUACGGGAGCAGCAUGUUUGUGUUCGGCGGCUACACCGGAGACAUUUACUCCAACUCCAACUUGAAGAACAAGAACGAUCUGUUUGAGUACAAGUUUGCCACCGGCCAGUGGACCGAGUGGAAGAUCGAAGGCAGAUUGCCGGUGGCGAGAUCGGCCCACGGUGCCACCGUGUACAGCGACAAGCUGUGGAUCUUCGCCGGAUACGACGGGAACGCACGGCUGAACGACAUGUGGACCAUCGGGCUCCAGGACCGAGACGUGACGUGCUGGGAGGAGAUCGAACAGAGCGGCGAGAUCCCGCCUUCCUGCUGCAACUUCCCCGUGGCCGUCUGCCGGGACAAGAUGUUCGUCUUCUCCGGACAGAGCGGGGCCAAGAUCACCAACAACCUCUUCCAGUUCGAAUUCAAGGAUCGAGUCUGGACCCGGAUUCCGACGGAGCACCUGCUGCGAGGCUCGCCGCCCCCGCCCCAGCGGCGCUACGGGCACACCAUGGUCGCCUUCGACCGCCACCUCUACGUGUUCGGGGGCGCCGCGGACAACACUCUCCCCAACGAGCUCCACUGCUACGACGUGGACUUCCAGACCUGGGAGGUGAUCCAGCCCAGCCCAGACAGCGAGGUUUCGAACGCGGAGGUGCCCGAGAGAGCGGCCGCCCCGGAGGAGGUGGCGCCCCUCCCCCCGGAGGAGCGAGGCUUCAAGAAAUCUCGGGACGUCUUCGGCCUGGACUUCGGCGUGACCACGGCCAAGCAGCCGCCCCCGCCGGCCUCGGAGCUUCCCAGCGGGCGCCUGUUCCACGCGGCGGCGGUCAUCUCCGACGCCAUGUACAUAUUCGGCGGCACCGUGGACAACAACAUCCGCAGCGGCGAGAUGUACCGCUUCCAGUUCUCCUGCUACCCCAAGUGCACGCUGCACGAGGAUUACGGCCGGCUGUGGGAGAGCUCUCAGUUCAGCGACCUGGAGUUCAUCCUCGGAGAGAAGGAGGAGCGAGUCCGGGGACACGUCGCUAUCGUCACGGCCCGAUGCAAGUGGCUGCGAAACAAAAUAAUGCAGGCCCGGGACCGGCUGCGCCAGCGUUUAGAACAAGGCGGAGGGGACGCCGCCCGCCAGGGACGCGGCGCCGGGGCCGGCGGCCCCGGGCCGGCCCGGCGCCAGGCCCCGCUGGAGGUGACCAUCCGGGAGGCGGCGGCCGAGCCGUUCGCGGUGCUCAUGCAGUUCCUCUACACGGACAAGAUCAAAUAUCCGCGCAAAGGGCACGUGCAGGACGUACUCCUCAUCAUGGACGUGUACAAGCUGGCUCUGAGCUUCAAGCUGGCCCGCCUGGAGCAGCUGUGCCUGCAGUACAUCGAGGCGUCCGUGGACCUGCAGAACGUGCUGUCGGUGUGCGAGAACGCCGACAAGCUGCAGCUCGACCAGCUCAAGGAGCACUGCCUGAAUUUUGUGGUGAAGGAGUCCCACUUCAACCAGGUGAUCAUGAUGAAGGAGUUCGAGCGGCUCUCGUCCUCGCUGAUCGUGGAGAUCGUGCGGAGAAAGCAGCAGCCGCCGGCCCGAACCCACUCGGACCAACAGGUGGACAUAGGGACCUCCUUGGUCCAAGACAUGAAGGCCUGCCUGGAGGGCAUGGGGCUGGACUUCUGCGACAUCACCCUGCUCCUGGACGGCCACCCCAGACCGGCCCACAAGGCCAUCCUCGCCGCCCGCUCCAGCUACUUCGAGGCCAUGUUCCGGUCCUUCAUGCCCGAGGACGGCCAGGUGAACAUCUCCAUCGGCGAGAUGGUGCCCAGCCAGCAGGCCUUCGAGUCCAUGCUGCGCUACAUGUACUACGGGGAGGUCAACAUGCCGCCCGAGGACUCCCUCUACCUCUUCGCCGCCCCCUAUUACUACGGCUUCUAUAACAACCGGCUGCAGGCCUACUGCAAGCAGAACCUGGAGAUGAACGUCACCGUGGACAACGUGCUGCAGAUCCUGGAGGCGGCGGACAAGACGCAGGCCCUGGACAUGAAGCGCCACUGUCUGCACAUCAUCGUCCACCAGUUCACCAAGGUGUCCAAGCUGCCCACCCUCCGCGCGCUGAGCCAGGCUCUCCUCCUAGACAUCAUAGAGUCGCUGGCCACCCACAUAUCUGACAAGCAGUGUGCCGAGCUGGGGGCCGACAUCUGACCGGCGUCCCCCCGGCCCGCUCCCUCCCCCCGCCCCCGCCUCGGGCACCGCCGAGGGGGAAGCGGGGGGCCGGGGGCCGGCGCCGGGCCCCGCUCUUCCCUCUAGGGCCGUGCCACCGGGGUGAGGGACUCUGGCCGGCCGGCCGCCCGGCGGCUGGGGUGACGGAGGCAGACGGUUACUGCCGGACGGAAGCCAGGCUCCCGUCUACGGAGGGGCCGCCGCUGUGGGGGAAGGAGCCGGAAGCUCCGGCUCGGCGGGCCCCGCCUCCGGGAUUCGGGCCGGCACGGGAGCGGCCGCGCCGGACGCGCGGAGAGUUUGGCCUGCCCCUGGCCACACCCCCUUGAGAAAUCAGAGGAAUCGGAACCCGGCCGCCCCCGGCCCCACGGUGGCGGGAGCCCGGAUCCCGGCGAGGUCCGGCGCGCGGCGGGAGCGGAGCCGAGGAGGCGGGGCCCGAUCCGUCCCCGGAGAUCCCGGGGGGAUCCCGACGGCGACCCUCGCCGACCGGACGCGGCGACCGACGGAGGACUCGCGCCGACCCGGCAGCCGGCGACGGGAGGGCGGACCGACCGGCCGCCCCUCCGUCCCGGGGGUCGCCGAGGCGGCCGGAGAGCCCAGGUCCCCGGGCGGCGCCGGCCCGCGCCUCGCCGCCGCCGGAAGAUCCGCUUCCCUCCACGUCUCCAAGGUGUUGCGGCGGACAGCCACCCGGGGAAAACGGCCGGGCCGCGGCGCUCCCGGGGUUCGGGACCCGUUCGUCGCGAGGUCCGGACGCCUCCCCCGAACCUCUGCACGCCCCAUCCCGGCCGGAGUCGGGGAAAGUCCCUCCCCGCUUCGGUGUUGCCGAGGCCCUUCCCGGCAAGUAAGCGUGAGGGCCCCGGACCCGCCUUCGCGCGGAGGAGGAGGGGGGAGCCGGUUUUAAGCGCCCCCCCCACCCCUCCCCGGGGGCAGACGGGGGGGGGGGCCGACCCCGCCACGUCGCGAAAAUAAACACCCACGGACUCUG